AUGGAUCGGUCGAGCUCGGGGCCCAAGAGCCUCUUCCCCAAGGCGCCGAGCUUCACACUCGACAAUUUCUCCAGCAAGGACUUUAUCGUGCGCGACUUUGUCGACAGCCUAGCCGAGAGCGCCGUGCCGGUCAACCGGCGAUCGGGGCCAGGACAAGUGGCAUUUGACCCAAAGCCGCUCAUUCGAACCUUUGAGAAUGCUUUGUCGCAGCUCGCCCUGCUCGGAGAGGAGCUUCAGGGCAACGAGUCGGAGCUACUGUCGCAAGUCCGCCGCGCCGAGAUUCAACAUGACCAGACGCUCGACACGCUCGGCCGGAAGCUCGACGAGACAAUGGGUUCGUUCGAGGCUCUCGACGUCACGCUGAACUCUGGGUCCGCCAGCGCGCCCGACACCAGCGGCAGGUCCGACGGCGGGGGAAACGUGGCCGUGCAGAUUGGCGAGAAGCUUGAGGAGCUGGACAGGAAGCGGAGGCGGGCACAAGACGCCAACUUCCUGAUCCAGUGUUGGACGGAAGUCAGCGAGACCGGGCAGCUCGCGUCCCUGGAAGAUAUCCGGCGGCAAGGUGGCGCCGAGAACAAGGUCAGAUGCGCGGUGAUUGCGCGCCAGCUCAUGAGGAUCAGCCAGCAGCUCGACCCGACGUCCUGGGGCCAGACCAAUGGUCACCGAAAUACGGGCUCGGGCAGUCCCAUGACCAAGACACACAACACGCGCGAGAUACUGGAGAAGUUUUGCGAGACGUUGGAGCAGGACCUGCUGAAGCAGUUCAACAACAGCUACCGGCGGCAGAACUUUGACGACAUGAUGGAGUGCUCCAAGGUCCUCCACGAUUUCAACGGCGGCGCGAGCGUCAUCGCUGUUUUCGUCAAUCAGCACCAGUUUUUCAUCGACCGAGACCAGCUCAUGAGCGACGAGGUCACUGCCGAUGGCGAGAUGUGGGAGGCCCUGGCAGAUCCGGACUCUGAUCCGCCGGGCGUCGAGCCCAGCUUGCAGUCCCUCAUCGACGAGGUCAAGAUUGUGAUGCAGGAGGAGUCCUUUAUCAUCAAGAGGGCCUUCCCAUACUACGAAACGGUUUUGACCAAGUUCAUCCAGCGAGUCUUUCAGCAGUCGAUUCAGCAGCGCCUGGAAAAGGUCCUCGACAAGGCCGAGACCAUAUCUACACUGGCCUUUUUGCGAUCGCUGCAUUCCUCAAGGAGCUACAUUGGAUCUCUGGUAGAGGACCUGAAGACGCACGGCCUGACGGAGCACCCGGAGCCGUGCUCGGCGCAGAUUGCGCAAGCCCUGGAUCAGCAGCUCGACGAGCUCUUCGUGCCGUACAUGGUCGGCAACACGUAUAUUGAGCGGGAGAAGAAGAGUCUCGAGGAAAUGUACGGCUCGCUGCUGUUCCGAUUCUCCAUGUACCACUCGCGCCGGAAGAAGGCGCCGACCGGGUUCAUGGCGUCGUUGGCCCAGCAGGGGACGCAGUUCAUCGCCACCGCCAAGGACGCCUACCUGGAGCGCCUCGAGUCGUCGGACCUGACGCCCACGCAAAAGAAGAUUAUGCUGCGCGUUGCCGGCCUCAAGGACAAGGAUAACAAGAACGAGAUUGAGGUGACGGAGGAGGACGGCGCGCUCAGCGUCGCCAACGCGAAGCGAAUGCUUAAGUGGCUGGCUGAGAGCGUGCAGCGGACGCUGGAGCUGGGGUCGCGGAUCGAGACGCCCAAGGACAUGAAUGUGCUGCUAGGCCUGCUGCUCACCAGCAUGGGCAAGGUGUACAUCGAGACGGCGCUCGAAGCGGCGCACAUGCAGGCGACGGUGCUGGAGAACUCCAAGACGGAGCCGGACCUGUCGUACCUCCCCGGCAUCCGGCCGGCGGUCACGGUGGCGGCCAUCAUGGAGCGCUUCAUCAGCGUGGUGCUCAUCCGGCUGGCCGACUCGAACACGACGGUACGCAAGAGCAUGGAGGCGCAGAAGAAGAUGGCGACGGACUCGAUCGAGAAGAAGGCCAACGCGGUCAUGAAGGCGUCCAUCGACGUCGUGUCCAACUGGACGGCCAAGGCGCUGGGCGGCCAGAAGAAGCAAGACUUUCGGCCGCGCGACGCGGAGCUCGAGUCGCUGCAGACGCCCACGUGCCUGGCCAUCUGCACGUUCCUCGCGCGAGCGGGCAAGCAGGCGGCGCAGGCCGUCGACGGGCUCAACGCGGAAAAGUUCUUCAGCGAGCUGGCCAUGGCGGUGCACGGCUUGCUCUUCGACCACUUCAAGAAGUUCCAGGUCAACGCCACGGGCGGGCUCAUGGUCACGCAGGACAUUGCCAAGUACGCGGCCACGCUGCGCGACUGGCCCCUGGCCAAGGACGUGGCCGCCGCCGUGGAGCUGCUGACGGAGAUUGGGUCGCUCUUCAUCGUCGGGCCCGAGGCGUUGCGCGAGAAGUCGCGCACCCUGGCGACGGGCGCGGGGGCAGCCUCGUCGUCGUCGCGUGGGAAGCUGUCCAAGGCGGACUUUCGGGCGUUUGUGCAGCGCAGGGACGACUCGGGGAGCGUGGGCAUCCAGAGCGUGCUGGCGGGACUGUGA